AUGGCCGAAGUUCCUAUUAUCCAAAUCCUCAACAAGAAGGAUUACUUCAAACAGGCCUUGGUGCCUAUUCCGGACCCCUUACCCCCUCUAGGGGAGUCAUCCCUACGGAUUCGGACGGAGGUCAUUUCUCUAACCUCUAACAACUUUACCUACUGUAAAUUGGCUGAUAUGGCCGAUUGGUGGGGUAUCCACCGAAUCCCGCCCACGGCCCCGGCACCAUACAACGAUGAUUCCGUGUACGGCCGUAUCAGCGCCUGGGGCUACGCCAAGGUCGUCGACUCUACAUUUCCCAGCGUUCCCAAGGGGAGCUACGUCUGGGGAUACCUCCCUAUAGGUACCCUGCCCCUAGACUUCCAAGUCAGGGAGACCGGCGCCCCUGGCCAGUUCUUCGUCACGGAGCCUUACCGGAAAAAGCACCUGAACUUGUACAACCACUACUUCGUCUUCCCGGAGUCUACAUCUAAGGAGAUCCAGGCCAAGACCGACGCCAUCGCCUACGAUGCCUUGUUCCGCGUCAUGCACCUAACAGCGUUCCUCAUGGCCGAGUUCAUGUUCUCUCAGGACCCUAAGCAGUCUGUCAACCUAACCCCGGAGCAGGCCGAUCUAACAGACGCUACUGUCAUUAACUUCGCGCCCGGCUCCAAGGUCGGUUUAGCAUUCGCCCGCGCCCUACGGACAAACCGUACGGCGUCGAAGCCGGCACGCAUCGUGGGCGCCGCAAGCGAGUACUCGCAGGCGUUCGUCAAGAGCACAGGUCUAUACGAUGCAGUAGAGGCGACGAGCGCGGAUCCUCUCGAGGUGGCCUCGCGACUAGGCAUCUCUAAGGACAGCAAGAUCGUGAUCGUAGACUUCGGUGGACGCAACCACGUUCAAUGGAAGUGGGCAGCAGCCCUAGUGUCGGCGUACCCGCGGGUGCAGUUCAUCAUCGUAGGCGCUGAGGUCUCGGAACCGUCAGCCGCAGUAGCGCCCGAUGGCAAGCCCCCGGCCGGCCUCGACAUCUCGCAGGUCAUGGCCGAUACUCAGCAAAACCAGGCCAUCGCUAAGUUCGGCGAGAAAGAGUACUACGCGCGUGCGGACGCGGCGUGGGAGAGCCUCCGGAAUGAGGGCAUUCCAGGUGUGAAGCUCGUUUGGGGCGAAGGUAUGGAGUCGGUUAAGGAUGCGUGGGAUAGGUUUGCUAAGGGUGAGGUCUCUUCAGAGGAGGGGCUUGUAUUUAAGGUAUGA